AACUUCCGGCGCCGCCCGGGUCGGGUGACCGGAAGCCGAGCGGCGCGCGCAGGGACCCCGGCGCCGAGCGACGGCGGUGUGGGGAGUUAUUCCACGUGAUUGCAGAUGGCUAUGCCACAGCAGGCUGGGGUUUCCGGUCUAGAUGGCCAGCAGAAUCUCCUGGCGACGGUCAGCGGAAACGUGCAAAAAUAUGCAGCAAAGAAGAAGAAAGUCCUCACUGCAGAGGAAAUGGAGCUGUACGAGCUCACACAGGCUGCUGGUAUUGUCAUGGACCAGGAGGUGUUCAAGAUAAUUGUGGAUCUGUUGAAGAUGAACGUGGCUCCAUUGGCAGUUUUCCAGAUGUUGAAAGCCAUGUGUGCAGGCCACAGUAUUGCAGAGAUGUCCUCUGCUGAGGCUGUAUCAACUAUGACGCGGAGCAACCUAGCAGAUUCCAGAGAGCACUCGUUUAUCUCUGCAAAGAACAGUAAAAUCCCAGCACUCUCCUUUUCCUCUGCCCUUCGACCUCCAAGACUAGCCACUAAGAUGGUGGUCUACAAUCCUGCUGACGCUUGCUCACCUCUCUCUCAAGGUCCCCCUGGUUCCUUCCAGUUUUCUUGCUGCCUGUUCUCGCCCUUCUCAGUGAGAAAUAAGUCCAACGCUGCCAUCAGUGGGUCACAGUUGCAGACUGAGAGAAGCAGCAGCCGCGAGGGAUCCAGCCAACGAGUGCCUCGUCAGCCCAGCGCCACGAGAGCUCCGAAGGGCAGCAGUACUGGGAAAAACACCGCUGGGGGCAGUAGCACACAGCCACAGUCCGGCCUGUAGAUUGAAGGAUUUUUUAACACUGAUACGACAGCUAAAUGUGGUAUGAAAACAAAACUCCCUUCUCCCCAUGCAGGUGUCAUUUACUGAUGCAAGAUCACUUCAAAACGGUUUCCGGAAAGUGCAGCUUAAUCCAUUACCUCCAAAGGAAGUUGUAAUAAUGAUGCAAUUCGCUUUUUUUAAAAAACAGACAACUGGAGAAUAUUCUAAAAGUACACUUGCACACUGGAAACCCUCAAAACAGCUUUUCUUUCAAUGUUGUGUCUCGGCCAGCAGCAAGAUGGGUCAGUACCGCUAAACAUCAAAGCUGAUUGAAUGACUUGUAAAUGAUGGGCCACAGAUAUAGAAUAAUCCAGCAUCUACAUAGAUUUCUGCUAUAAGGCAUUUCAUGUCUGAUGUACAAGGAUUGCACUAUAGGGUGAGCAAUGCAGACCUGUAAAAUGAACUUUCAGCAAUUUAGUAAAUUUAAUUUCGCCAAACUGCAAGGGACAUCAGAAGAUGCUCUUCCCGGAAGAGUUUUUUUUGCAAGCCAUCCCUCCAUCUGAUGAAAAAAGGGAAUUUGCCCUAGUUCUCAUUCUGUGUAUAUAUUGUGAAGUGUGUCUCAACUGGAACAGUGAGCUUCAAAUAAACUUGUGUUAUAGAAUCGGU